AGUUGGUGGAGGGAUGGAUGAAGUGACGGAGCUGCCUGAGCCAUGAAAGCAGGAACCAACAUGAAGAUUGCUCAGAAGACUGUGUAUGUUUUUGUGCUGCUUGCCAUCACCAUGGUCACGAGAUUAGCAGGGAACAACACCGUGUUAGUGACCACAGUAGGUAACAGCUCAGUUCUCACCUGCCUUAUCAAAGGACAAAUAAGUAUGCUAACAUGGACAAUCACCCCCAAGGUUGGAGGCCCUUGCACCUUGGUAUACAGGACUGAUAGGAACAUGACACACAGAGCAAACUGCAGCGACAACAUAAACUGGAAGUUCAGAGCAGAUCUGGCUCCUGCCCUUGAGAUACAGCAAGUGGGAAUAGCCCAGGAGGGAAAUUACAGCUGCGAAGUGGCAUCAACAGAUGGGAAUUUCCGCACGAUGUACCACCUGACCGUGCUGGCCCCGCCGAGGCUGAGCGUGUACUGCGAUGAGCAGGGCAGCCCCGUGUGCGAGGCAGCGGUGGGGAAGCCGCCGGCUCAGCUCUCGUGGGUCCCAGGGAGCAGCUCCAGUGCGGAGGAGCGGUGCCACGACAACGGGACAGUGACCGUUCUCAGCAAGUUCACAGCGUGUAGCACCCAUGGAACCAAUGUGACCACGUGCAUGGUGUCCCACGCAGCUGGGAACUGGAGCCAGGCCAUAGCCUGCUGUCCCCCAGAGAAAACCAACUUUCUCCUGUAUGCCUGCAUUGUUGCUUGUGUUCUGAUCAUUACCACCUCGUUAGCUGCCAUUUACUAUUUCAAGCUCCACAGUAAUGGACUAUGCCACAGAACCAAACCUCCUGAAAUUGCUCCUAUACAUUCCCAACAGGACGACACGAUGGAAGUGGAACCUUAUACUACUUAUGUGCAGAAGGAAAAUGUAAUUUACAACUCAGUGUCUGAUCUGACAGCAGGGCAGAAUUUUCCACAACAUCUGUGUCAAGAAACAUGA